UUCAUUCCUCUUUUGUUAAAAAUAAAAUUUAAAAAAAAAAAAAGAAAGAGAAAGGAUUCGUCUUCCUCUUCCACACCCUUUCUGACACCUCAUCUCUCCCACCUUCUCCUCCGUCCCGUUCCGUUCUCCAUCCCCCUUGAGAUCCUCGAUUCCGAUCCAACAGUUCGAAUUCAGCUUCUGAUUCUGAUCUCAUCGAACCAAAACUCGCUGAGAUUUGAUCGGCGAUUAUGGAUUCGAUGACUCCUCAGCUUCUUCAUCCGACGACGAGCUCUAGUUCCGAUCGUUCUCGUCGUAAGCGGAAGAAGAAAUCAUCGCCGACGUCUCUUGAUUCAUCUCCGUCACCAUCGACAUCGUUGGAGAAAUGGAGAUCGGAGAAGCAGCAACAGAUCUACUCAACGAAGCUAGUUCGUGCUUUAAAAGAGCUACGAAUCAGUCAACAACCAUCUUCGUCAUCGUCGUCUUCGGUUCCACGUGGCGGUAGAGCUGUGCGUGAAGUCGCCGAUAGAGCUUUAGCAGUUGCGGCGAGAGGUAAAACGUUAUGGAGUCGAGCGAUACUCUCAAAAGCUGUUAAACUCAAAUUCAGGAAGCAGAAACGGCAGAGAAUCUCAAAUCCGGUGACGACGACGACGUUAACCACCGGGAGUAUCAGGUCAAAGAAACAGAGAGCGACGGUUUUGAGGCUGAAGGCUAAAGGUUUGCCAGCUGUACAGAGGAAAGUGAAACUUCUGAGCCGGUUAGUUCCCGGUUGCCGUAAACAAACAUUACCGGUGGUUUUAGAAGAAACUACUGAUUAUAUAGCUGCCAUGGAGAUGCAGAUUCGUACUAUGACUGCGAUUCUCUCCGCCGUCAGUUCUUCUCCUCCGCCGCCGCCGCCAGGUCAUGAUGGGGGACAAACACACAUGCUUGGUUAGUUGGCCAAACUGUCCUUUUAAUUUUUUUCAUUUAAAAAAAAAAAAACUGUUUUUCCAUUAUUAUUCUUCUCACUGUAUUGUUUGUUGUUUGAAUAUUUUACUAUUCAACUUUAUUUACCAUUUCAUCAUGUAUAUCCUUAUUUUCUUGAAUCUCUCUGUUACCAAAAAUAGUGCCAAGAAGGAGAAAGAUUGAUUUCUGUAACCGUAAUAAAUUUCAGUUUCUUGAUAA